AUAACUGCCGAAAAAGAGACUGUGCAGCCAGACUAAAUGAUCAAACGCAAUCUCAAUCUCCCUUAAGCUAUUUAUUGAACAAAUUGACUUGCCGCCAGUUACUGGGAGCGGGCUAAUGGUGUGGGCACCAUCGAUGUUGCCACAUUGAAUGAAUUGUAAAGUUGGUGAAUUAAAUUACAUUUCGCAGUUUCGCUUUAUGUCACUGCAGGAUUUCGUCUAAGUGAACUCAAAAGUGUUUCGCACACUGAAUUCCAACAACUCAUCUGUUAAACAUAAACAGCUCAAAUCUUCCGCUGCUGAAGUGACAAGUCACUACAGAAACAAGCAGAGGAGGAGACUCCGACAUGGACGUUAGUAACUUUGAAAAUGACCCAGCCAAUGACCUUGUUCCAGAAGAGGCAAGAAAUAUUUUGCAGCCCAGCUCACUGCUGAGUCCCCAACUCCAAGAGUUGAAAAUGUUCCUCAUCGAUUGGAUUAAUCGUACCCUGAAGAGGGAUCACAUUGUGGUGCAGUCCCUGGAGGAAGAUAUCUAUGAUGGCUUAGUGCUUCAUCACAUGCUGGUACAUUUAGGAGAUGUCAAGUUGGAGGUGGGUGAAAUCGCAUUCUCCACCAGUGCCCAGAGACACAAGCUCAAAGUUGUGCUGGACACCGUGAACCAGCUGCUCCAAGUCACCGAUCAAUCCAGCCUCAAGUGGAGUGUUGAGCUGAUCAAUAACAAGGACUUGUUGGCCACACUCCAUCUGUUGGUUGCCAUUAUGAAGCACUUCAGGCCUGACCUGGACCUUCCUAAAAAUGUUUAUGUGGAAAAAGUAACUUACCAGAUUGACAGUAAAUUAGUAAAAAGUCAGAAGCAUUUGGAAUAUAUCACUGAGCAGAGCGAUGAAAAUACAAAAGCUGAUGCCAUCGACAAUCUAUUUACACUCGGUCCUGACAAAAUGAACACCGUGAAGCAGGCAUUGCUUCAUUUCACAAACAAUCGGGUGCAGAGGCUGGGGAUCACCGUGAACGAGUUUGAUUCUCAGUUUGCCAAUGGUGUGAUCCUGAUUCUAUUAAUUGGACAAUUAGAGGGUUACUUUAUUCGUCUCAGUGAAUAUCACCUCAGCCCUUCCAGUCACAAGGAGAUGCUUCACAACGUAACUCUUGCAUUGGAGAUUCUGAAGGAAAGUGGAGUGUCGAUAGAAUCCGUCACUCCGGAAGAUAUCGUAAAUAUGGACAGCAAAGCCACCUUUCGUGUCUUAUACGCCUUAUUCACAAUGUACAAGGACAAAUGACGGAGACCAGCAGAAGGAUUGCCAGUACCAAGCCAGCACUCGAUUCUAACGUGGACAAUGAAGCAGAGUGUUCUCUGUGGUCACACAUUGUCACAGCAGUUCUCAGUACAGUAUUUCUUCUCCAUAAUUUUCUCCUUUGGCCAUUUGCAUUUCACAUUUGUAUGGCUUUUGUUGUCUGUACCUGCAUUAAUGAGGAACAAACUGUCUUCUAAACCGAGGUAUGUCUUUCAGAAGUUGACAGUGUAUAGAAUAUGAUCCAUGGUUUUUUUUUCUGUUAAAUGUCAAUUAGUCAGCAUGCUUUGUACCAUGUCCACUGACUCAAGACUAUAGAAAUUGUGUGUUGCAUUCGGAGUGUAUUUGAGCUAAAAUUGUGUGUAGAGAGCUGAGCUAUCUCAGCUUUUAUUAUACUGUUUGUAAACAGCUGGACCAGUGCAGAUUCAG